AUGGUGGAUCAUUACAUUACAUAUGGUGCUCAGGACUUCACUUUUGCACCAUAUGGACCUUACUGGAAAUUCAUGAAAAAAGUGUGCAUGUCUGAGCUUCUUCACAGCAAGACAUUAGACCUCUUACGCCCCAUCAGGCGCGACGAGGUAUCGGGAUUCCUGGAUUUUUUGUCGCGUAAGGCCGAGGCUCAGGAGGCGGUUAAUCUUUCUUCGGAGCUUGUUAGGUUGACAUUCAAUGUGAUAUCUAGAAUGGCGAUCAAGAAAAGAUGUUCUUCUGAAAUUGAAAGCGACGACAAUGAUGAUCGUGUUGCUGGAGAAAUAAAGAGAUCGAUCCAAGAUAUGUUGGAUAUCAAAGGCAUGUUUAAUGUGUCUGAUUUUGUUUGGUUUUUGAAGCAUUUGGAUUUUCAGGGAUUGAGGCAAAAAAGUAGAGACGUGCGGGAGAGGUUUGAUAAUGUGAUUGAGAAGGUCAUUAAGGAGCACCAAGAGGCAAGAAUUUUGAUGAAACCGAAAGUUGGUGGAAUGAAGGAUUUGCUUGAUAUAUUGCUGGAAAUAUAUGAUGAUGAAAGCUCACAAGUGAAGCUAUCAAGAGAAAACAUCAAGGCUUUCCUCCUGAAUAUAUUUGCAGCUGGAGUUGGCCCUUCUGCAGUUACUAUAGAAUGGGCUCUAGCAGAGCUGAUUAACCAUCCUGACAUUAUGAAAAGGGCAAUGAAAGAAAUCGAUUCUGUAGUCGGAAAUGCUAGACUGGUGGAUGAAUCAGAUGUUGUGAACCUACCAUACCUUCAAGCCAUAGCAAAAGAAACACUCCGACUUCAUCCCCCAGCCACAAUCAUAAAAAGAGAGUCAAGUGAAGCGUGUGAGAUUGGAGGCUAUCAUAUACCAGCUAAAACUAGGCUAUUCAUCAAUGUUUGGGCUAUUGGAAGGGACCCUGAUCACUGGGAAGAUCCCCUGCAAUUCUGUCCAGAGAGAUUCCUACGCGACGAGUCGGGGAAUGGAAUCGAAAGCCAAACAGAUGUAAGGGGCCAACAUUUUCAUUACUUGCCAUUUGGUAGUGGAAGAAGAGGGUGCCCUGGAAGUACAUUGGGUUUACAAGUUAUGCAAACAUGCCUUGCCGCUAUGAUUCAGCGAUUUGAAUGGAAAAUCGUUGGUGAAGAAAAGGGUGAACUGGACAUGAAAGAAGGGGUUGGCAACACACUUCAUAGAGAGCAACCUUUGAUUUGUUUCCCUGUGAUUAGGCACAAUCCGUUUUCAAAAUCAACCUUAGCAUGA